AAGGUCAUUCAUCAUCCUGCAUUCUCGCAUCGAGUGAACUUUACGAAAUCUUCAAACAUGUCUGGUCGCGGAAAAGGUAAAGCUAAAGGCACCAAGUCCAAAAGCCGCUCAUCCCGAGCAGGGCUUCAAUUCCCAGUUGGUCGAAUCCACCGUCUUCUCCGCAAAGGAAAUUACGCUGAGCGUGUUGGCGCUGGUGCACCAGUGUACUUGGCUGCUGUGCUGGAGUACUUGAGCGCCGAGAUCCUCGAGUUGGCAGGCAACGCUGCUCGUGACAACAAAAAGACAAGAAUAAUCCCCCGUCACCUUCAGCUGGCUGUCCGUAAUGACGAGGAGUUGAACAAACUGCUUGCCGGUGUCACCAUUGCACAGGGAGGUGUUCUUCCCAACAUUCAGGCUGUUCUUCUGCCCAAGAAGACCGAGAAGAAACCAAAAGCCUAAACAAGUUUUCCACUUCCUACACAAAACGGCUCCUUUAGGAGCCACCAAAUACAACUAAAGUCUUUAUCAACGGUUUUUAAUUCCUUUCAUAUCCGUCAAACAACAGAACUACAAACUCAGAACUACAAAAAAAUGACUUGAACAGAAGCGGUUCCACUCUCCCAGUUAAAAAACAUCCUCUUUACUUACAACAUGAAAGAAUGGUUGCUCGCUGUAGCAGUUAAAAUUGUGGUCAAGACCUUUUCACAAUUUCAAAUUCGUUAUGAAUAUCAUGGAAUCAUGUGCUCCCGUUUUAAAAUAACUUGGCUGUCUUUCGUUGACGCGAUUUUGGACUGCAAGUGGUUAGCCAGGAAAAUCCCUGAGCUUUCAACUUGCGUCGAUUCGUGAUCUAUUAAUUUUUUUGACAAUUCUUUCGCCGUGACAAUUACCCGAUUUUUCUGUUUAAAAUGCACCAAUUCUGACUUGUGAUUUACGUGCAGAAAUCCGCGACGCUAACCGAUCAUUCUGCCUUGUCACUAGACCGUUACAGGAAUUGCGCCAAAAUUUUCUCGGAUUUUCUUUCAUCACCUACAAUGCGCCAAGUAAAGAAAGCAACAAAUAUUUAUAUUUGACUGAUCAGUACUCGAUGACGCAAAGCUGUCUAUAAUAUUUUGCACCUGCAAAUCCGACACAAAGUGAAAAGUUUACUUUCUUUUCCUCGGACCACUCGAUGGAAGAACGUCACAGACAUUGCACCAAAUUUGUCACGCGUGGAGGGUAUAUUGAAAUUUUCUUGUUAUUCGAUACUGCAUCUGUGGUCGUCUCAGUAAGUAUAGCGGCCACAAAAUGUCACAGUUCAAUGCUUUCAAAAACCCGGCAACGCUCCGUAGUAGUGUUCUCUUUAUUGCGUUUCUGUGCAUUGUGAUUCACUUUACUAGUUCGCAUGCUUCAACAUAUAAAGACAAUUAUGUUCCAUGGUCACGCAGGAAGAUGAAAGGCGGCCACUUCAUAUUCUACAAAACCCCGAGAAAAUGUACUCUGAAGUGGCUAUUCGGGCGCGCGCUUCACGUAGCAAGAAAUAAUAUAAAACCAGCCUAUUUCUAAUCGAUUAUUUCAACAACUUUAUUGGUCACGACUUUUUUAAGACUUGGUGGCUCCUAAAGGAGCCGUUUGUUGUGUGAAGUGUCCGUCUAACCGCCAAAACCGUACAGGGUGCGACCUUGUCUCUUCAGAGCGUACACCACAUCCAUGGCUGUCACAGUCUUUCUCUUGGCGUGCUCGGUGUACGUCACAGCAUCACGGAUCACAUUCUCGAGGAAAACUUUGAGAACACCGCGAGUCUCUUCGUAGAUCAAACCAGAGAUACGCUUGACACCGCCACGACGAGCGAGUCGACGGAUGGCUGGCUUAGUGAUACCUUGGAUGUUAUCCCGAAGGAUCUUUCGGUGACGCUUGGCGCCCCCUUUUCCGAGUCCUUUACCUCCUUUACCGCGACCUGACAUGUUGAUUAAUACUCGAGUGACUGAGUUGUGCCCGAAUGACUUGCGUUUCUGUACUUUAUAGGGUCAACAAUGACCUCUCAGAAAACAAGACAGGCGUGGCUUGGGAUUGGUUGAAUGCAGAACAAAGGGCUAAAGGCCAAAUUAUUUCAAAACAUAUUAUUCAAAUUAUCAUGUAAACACAGCUAUUUGUUAGCCUGCGCGCUACCAAAUCAAACAAGUGCUUACAUUUAGUUGAUGACAGUUCGUUUGAACUAUCACAAACCAAUUUCGUUAAGCAUUCUCUCCUUUAAAGCAAGUUUUUACACUGCUCAGAGAUGUUCCAAAGCCUGAUAAACCAUUCCAGGUCGAUUCGGAUCGAAAUACAACUACAUAACUGUGAUGUUAUAUAGAGUUUCCACACUUGGCCAAUCAGAUCACUCAUUUUAUAGUUAAUCAGACACAAGCCCGUCAAAGUAUAAAUAGAUUUCGUUUUACAUAUUUGUUAUCACGAAACGUUUUCAAAGAAUGGCCCGCCCAAAGCAAACUGCGUGUAAAUCUACUGGUAGCAAAGCUCCACGUAAGCAGCUUGCCUCAAACUACUGCCCCUUUCUUGACAAAAUUGUUUAGAAAAUAGAUCGGUGAAUAACUGCAAGGUUUGGAAUCUUACUAAACGUACAGCAGACUGCUUUCAAAAAGAGUAUGAAAUAUUAUCAGUUUGCAAAAUGUUAUGUCAUGUCAGUUGUUAAAGGACCAAGACUGUGCCAGCAAAAAAGGCGGUUAUCAGGGCUGCGGUUUUCCUUCGCCUCAUUCCCGCCGCUUUCUGCACGCCCGCUUUUUCGCCUCCCUUCCAUGAACUGAUAGCUUAGCAGUUUUAAGGUUAGCAUCAGUGAAAUUAAUUAAUAUAUAUUGUGUAUCAGCAUCCUUCCCGCUAUCAGCGACAAGGGACGAUUCAGAA